AUGUCAAAUCUUACUAAAUUGGAUUUUGGAGCUCUUGAUAUUUCGGGAAAGAACUAUUUGACAUGGGCUCUAGACGCCCAAAUUCAUUUAAGCGCAGAAGGUCACAGUGACACUAUUAAAGAAGGAAAUAAAUCAUCUGAUCAACAAAAGGAAAAAGCCAUGAUAUUCCUUCGUCGUCACCUUCAUGAGGAUCUUAAAAAUGAAUAUCUUACCGUAACUGACCCACAUGUCUUGUGGAAAAAUUUGAAAGAUAGUUAUGAUCAUAAAAAAACAGUUAUCCUACCGAAAGCUCGAUAUGAGUGGAUGCAUUUAUGUUUGCAGGAUUUUAAAAGUCAGCAAUAUCGAGAAAAAGGAUUUAAUAAAUAUUCUGAUCUAAUAUGUUGUCUUCUUGUGGCUGAGCAAAAUAAUGAACUAUUGAUGAAAAAUCACGAGGCCCGUCCCACUGGUACAGCUCCAUUCCCAGAAGUGAAUGUGGCAAGGCACAACCACUAUAGGAAAAAUUAUGGUCGCGGUCGUGCAAGCGCACGGGGUCGUGGUCGUGGUCGUAAUUAUGCUCAUGGUCUUGGUUUUGAUCGUGGUCGCAAUGGAACUCAUAAAAAUACAUAUUUCCACCCGAAGUGGAAAAAUGUUGAAAAAAAUGAAAAAGAGGGUCAGAGUAGCAAAACAAAUGAAAAUACUUGCUAUCGCAGUGGAGGAAAAGGUCAUUGGGGUCGCACUUGUCGUACUCCAAAACACCUUAUUGAUCUUUAUCAAAAAUCACUGAAAAAUAAAAAGGAAAGGAUUGAGACUCACUUUGCUAAUGAAGAUGAUGAUCCAGAUUACAGUAAUAUGGAUGUUUCCCAUUUAGAUAUUGGUGACUUCUUUGCUGAUCCAGAUGGAAAAAUUGAUCACAUUAUUGGAGAUGGAAGUGUCAAGAAAUAA